GUAGAACGAUGGCGGAACGUGGAGGAAUUCCCACUUUUAAUCUAGAAGAUGAUGAUGGUGCUGAUGAUGCUUCUGCAGCUGCUGCCCCCGGCCUUCCUGCUGCUCCCAAGCUUUCCCUUGCUUCCCCACCUUUGAAGAAAAGCAAGUCCGUCGUCAUCACCGGGAACAAUGACGAGCAAACAGACCCAGGCGAAGCAGACCUUGAACCAGCCUUUCCCCCACCCCCGCUCCUGGCCCUUCCUGCUGCUGACACUGCCAUGGGACCGCUGGAGCAACAAUCUCUCCACACUGUGUUGAACCAAUGGGCAGAACGAUUGGAAAACACCUUGAGCAGAACAGUUGGCAGAAAACUGGACGCGAUCCAAGCCAACCAGCAAGUUGUACUCCAAACAGUUGAUGCACACACUUCCCAAAUCUCCUCACUUGCUCAAGGGCUUGACGGAGUCAAGGCGAAAAUCCAGAAACUUGAAGCUUCCCCACCUCAACAUCAAGAAGGUGCUGGCUCCCAGGUUCAACAGCUACAAAAAGAUCUACGAGUGCUGACUGACAAGGUUGAUCAACUCUCAUCGCUCUCUGCUCGGGCUCCCUCAGCUCCUCCACCUCAGCGUGACUCUGCAGCACCUGUGCACGACACCUCUCGUCGAGCCCGCUCCGCUGCGCCUUUCCGGCGUAUGACCUCUGACGAUGCCCCACUCAUUGACUGGAACCACCUUGUGAUUGGCGGUUGGGGUGUCGACACCAGGCGUGACACAAUCCAUGCAGAGGCAACGCAACUGCUCGAAAAGAUGCAAGCCAGUGACAAAGUGGUUGAAGUCAUAGUGUACGGCAAACGCUCCUCCACCUGCCACGUUUUUCUUCAACCCCUGCCUGAGCCAGAUGCACGACAGCAAAUCCUUUCUUGGCAAGCCCAAUUCAAGGACAAGUUCGUCCUACCCAGCUCUGGCAAGCCCGCAUGGCUCACAGCCCACAAGAGCACUCAACUUCGCUUCAAAAACCGCAUCACAAAGCAAGCACUCCAUCUGGUUCAAACACUCCUUGGCCAAGGGUCUACGAAGCAGGUUGACUGCGAUUGGGCUCGUCAACUCAUUUGGGUCGAUGACUGCCGAGUUGCUGGUGCCCGCAUUGGCGAUUUCGACCCAGAGCCUAACGCCACACUCUGUGAGCACAAUCUCCGCGAUGACAAGCUGCAACAGGCUGCCUCCCUUCACUUUCAUGCCUCCCGCCUUGCACGGGUCACUGGCAAGACAAUCGCCAAUGCUCAGCUGCCCCAUGGGCACAGCCUGCAACCCUUGCAGCUGGCCACGUGGAAUGUUCAUGGAAAAUCCAUCUGCCAGACUGCUGCGGCUUUGGCUGAUCAACAAAUUAGCUUUGAUGCUCUUGCUCUUCAAGAGGUUGGUGCCCUUCCUGAAGGAAUUGAUGCCGACCCUUCGCUGCUCAUUGAUGCCGCCGAUCUUCCGAUUGCAGCUCGUGAUGACCUCGCCAAUUACUGGAUCCUCGGCACCAACAACCUUCAAAGUCAUUUGGGUCAAGCCCUUCUUUUCGACAAAACACUGUUCCCAGCAAUUCUCCAAGUCCACAAGGGACAGCGAUCCCUUGGAGCGAAGUUGGCCCUUCGAUCGGGAGGUUUUCUCUGGAUCCUGGGCGUCCACUUCCCCCACCAUCAAAACGACAUGGACGUCUACGCUGCGGCCACUCGGGAAAUCCACUCCUUUGCUGCAAAGGUUCAGGGCACUCCUUUUCUCAUUGCAGGCGAUUGGAACUCACAACCCGAUGGCCCCAACAUGGACCAGCAAGCCCUGGAGAUCGCUUGCUUGGCGGCUGAAGACCUUCUGCACAUUGCCAUGCCUGCGGGCCCCACUUGGCAACGCAAAACCUAUGACUUCUUCCUGUGCUCCCAGCACCUGCACUCGAAGUUGAGCCCAGCGACUGCACAACCAUACACCGUUCCCCACAUGCGUGAUCUCCUUCCCUCUGAUCACCACCUGGUCGCUUGGGACUUAGUCUGGGAAAAGGGGUCCAAGCGCAAGCGCACUUCCCACUUCCACACUGCCAAGUGGACUAUCAAUUCCGAAGCUUUGGCAGCAGCCAUCCCAUCAGCUGCCCCUGCCCGGACUGCCUGGGACGAGCUAUGCCGCCUGGCCCACUGCUCCCAACGCCGAGCCCUCAGCAAAAAAUAUGUGGACCCGCCAGCCUUGAAACAACUUUGCCAGCUUCGCAACAACACCUUCGACACCACUCUUCGUGCAUCCCUGUCUCGGCAGAUCCUCCAUCAAAGGCGCGAAGCAAAGCAGCAAUGGGCCCUUGAUCUCCAAAAUGAUGCAGCAAUGGGAGACGAUGCCAGCAUUGCUUUCCUCAAAGCCCGUCGGCGGAAGGCCUCCAAUUGGACCACUUUGAUCGACACAUGUGGCAGCCGUGAAGCGGCCGCUGACGCUGUUCGAACCCACUUCGCCCAAGUCUUCUCCGCCACCCCUGCCAAGCAGCGCGACCAGGAAUGCAGCCAGUCCCUUCACACUUUGUCUGCGCACAUGGGCAAGGCCUCUGGAGCCUCUGGCAUGUCCAAUGAAUUUCUGCUUGCAGCCGCCCAACACACAGAAGGGGAACAUCUACUCCUGCAAGCCCUCAACGACAUGUUCUUGCAGGGCAACUUCCACCCAGACCUCACCCGCGGGGUCGCCUGCCUGAUUCCCAAGAUCCAGCAGGCCAAGACAGCAAACGACAUUCGCCCCAUCCUCCUGCUAGAGGUCUUGCAAAAGGUUUUCUGCAGGAUCCUCAUGACGAGAUUGCAGCCGCUUUGGUGCCCUCUCUUUGCUCAACUCGGCGCUGUGCCAGGGGGGCAGGCAAUUGAGGCUCUUUUUGCAGCGCACAGCAUGAUGAGUAUCGCAAAGGUGAUGCACAAACACUACCUUUUUAUCAAGAUGGAUCUGAAAGGAGCUUUCGAUAACCUCAAACAUGCCAGUGUUGCUCAAUUUUUGGCUUCCUUACCACCAUCGGCGGCGUGGGAAGCAAAACGGCUACUGCAACUUCUGCUCAGUCAAACUCUCGACUUCCAGUUCUUGCAAGAAGAAUGGCAGCUCCGCAGCACCGCUGGAACACCUCAAGGUGGAUCACACUCUGCUGGUCUCUUUGCUCGUACGUUGGACUACUUCUUGGCAAAACUGGUGACAAAAUGGGAGCGUUUGGGAUACUGGGCUCCUUUUGACCCCUUGUGGCUUCUGCUGUAUGUGGACGACAUCAUGCUCUGCUUUAAGAAUUGGAGACAAGCCUGCGCCCUGAUGCCCUCCUUCUUGGACAUGCUGAACUCCAUUGGCAUGAAGGUCAACUUUAGCAAGAGCUGUGUCAUUGUCGAUGCAGUGCUGCUACGUGCUGCCGCCACAGAAUGCACAAGCCCACUUCUCCGCGAGUUUCAAUGGAGCGAGACAACGUCCUACCUCAACCGCCCUUUUGGCUACCAGGUGUCAGUGGAAACGCUAUGCCAACAAGUAGCUCAGAAAGUCCAUGCUGCAUGGGGUAGCCUCAGAUGCAUUUUGGGGAGACGCUGGUGGACAAACCCGUCCCAAACAGAUACUCUUCUGACAAAACAUGUUGGUUCUGUAUUUCUGUGGCUAUCUCCCGUCCUUUACCCAUACAGUGCAGUACUCAACAGCAUUCAAACACUCCAAACCACGGUCUUUGCAGAUGCGCUGGGGCUCUUCAUUCCUGAUCUCAGCUAUGAUACAGCGGUGCAACUUGUUCGCCUCAGGCGCCAUGUGGUCAAAAGAUGGUUGCUUCAUGUCGCUCCCGCAGGCAAUUGGUGUGCCAAGCUCCUUAGGCGCUUGUGGACCUUUACGGGGCAUAUCUGUCGUCAAACAUCUCAUCCGUCGCAGCCGGCGCGAGUGAUGAUGGGCCUUUUCGCCUCAACUCAUGCGCAUGGGUUAGCCAGACCUGGCCCAUGGAAGACACUGCAUGCAUUGUUCCACAAGUUCUGGACAUCACAUGAGCUGGAAGGUGACUUUCUCAACACUGCUUUGGAUCGUGAAUCUUGGAAAACCCUUGAGCCAGCCUUCGUUCAAUGGUUUCAACCCUCCACUCGCUGCAACGUGGAGUUUUUGCAAUGCAGUCCGUGGGAAUCGCCGGACAUGCUUCUACGAGCACACGUCCCAUGGGUACACACAAUUGUUGUUCAACUGACCAACGUUGCAGACAACAGAUGGCGGCUUGCAGUCACCUGGCUCGACGAAACGGAUGGGAUGUGCUCCUGGAGCCACUUUUCUGACCAGAACUCCAAACUCACCACCUUCACUUCGGGAAUGGCAUGCUGCCUUCGAUAUUUGGCAAUGAUAUACCAACCCUUUGUCAUACAGAUCGCUUUCGCAACCGCAUCUGACUGGGCACUCGUCUUUGCCAACAGUGAAGCCGUCAAUAGUGUCUUUAAGCAUUGCCCUUGUGGUUCGUGGGUGCUCUUCCACUCCCAGACCCCAGCUAGCAAGCGGUACACGCUUGGGCCAAAGCUGGUGUUGAUGCGUCGAGUUCCUGGCAUGGACAUGAUCAGUUGGUGCAAUUUGGUGAGGGAGAACUACAAGAAGCUUCAGCGAUCUUUGUCCCGGACUCAGGCGGUUUUGUCUCCCUCCAAUCGUGAACCUCCUGAUGAGACCCCUCCACGUCAUGACGCUGACGGACAGCAGUUGGAUGCGGCUGCUGAUGCGGGAGAGGGCAGUUCUUGGGGCGACGAUGAUUGGCAGAGCUGGAGAUCCUCUUGGGGUGGAUGGUCAACCUACUGGCAUGUCAAUGAUGAUUGGGAUGAUUUGGAGGCCACAUUACCUCCGAUUUUGCCGGAAGAAGUUCUGGGUUGGCUCCUCAUGAGGCGUUCUGGCCUGCCAUCGACGUCAAAGCUGUCGAUCGUCGCUGCAUCGGGGAAUAGUUUGCGCUUCGCGGGCAUAGAAAAAGCGACGCGCCAACAGGAAGAAGAACUUUUGCAAGAGCGGCAGCGACAGCCGUCACACCGUCCACAUCGGACGUACUGGGUUGAGUCAGAAGGCUCCUGGGGUUUGUUUCUGAACGAUGUUACCGAUCAACUGGAAGGAGAUGCUGAUGAUCAACAGAUUCAAUGGGUUGAUCAAGAUGCGUUUCAUGAGCUGGUUGGAGUGGCUUCCUCAGUGGAGCAAUCCGGGGCGUCGGAUGAGACAGCCUGGUUCAAUGACGGUCGUUUUGAUUGGCAGUGGCAUGAGGAUGAAUGGCAUGCUUGUACAGAUGACGGAUGGGUAGCAUUCAGUGAUUUGAAACCGUGGUUAGACGUAGAGGAGAUCAUGUUUCAAGAUCAAACAGCUGGCAAGGAGGUCCAAGAUCUCUAUGCAUCCUUUGAUCAGAAGGUGCGAUCCUUUAGGGAGGCAUCCUCAGAUAGCUCGCGCUUGGGAUUUGCGGUGGUGGACACGGGUGCCACAGAGACGGUUGGCAGCCUCGAUGCCAUUGAGUACGUCAUGAGCUGUCGCCGUGGGAUCUUUGGUGCUGAGGAGAUUGGGGUGUGCACGGAAACUCUGUCCACGACAUUGGAAGCCGAAGUGGCCGAGGAGAUCGGCAAGUUGAUGGUAGCCCAAGUCAUUGCCCCGAAAGAGGAACAAAAGAAGACCUCCAAGAUUCAGCUCGACAAGUUCGACUGGACCAGGGUGGAGUUUGCAGACCUGAGGGAUGCUCGCACGACAAGCAAACCGUGCGAGGGGAACCACUCUGCGGAAGGUUUCAAACGGGGCAGUCACUCCGGGAUGAACGGCCAUGCUUUGUGGCUGACAUGUCACCGAUGCAAGCUGCGACUCAUGUACGUGCCGGUUCACGGUGCGAAGGGAUGCUACCGAUCUCCAGGUCCAAUUGGCAAGGAUGUGGUUCAGAAGCUGAUCGGGAAUCCAGAAGCGGCACCAUCGGAGUUGCACACCAAGGCGCUGGCCUGGAAGCAGCCGAAAACUCGGCCAAGAAACUCCAAAAAGGGCCAACGAGAAGAUUCCAGAACAGCAGGAAGUCCAAGUGAUCGAAGACUACCAGGUGGUGAGCUCUCCAGAGACAUGAGCGAUGCGGUCACGUUAGAUGAUGAUGCUCUUCAAGCGGAAACUGAUGACUGUGAGUUUUGCUGCACACACCUUCUCGAGACCUGUCACCGAGAAAAGAUUGCAGCUGACCUCAAGCAUGCUCAUGACGAAUUGGUUGAAGCUUUUUCCACGAUUGAGGCAAACAGGUGUCAUCUUAUCGAGGUAUGUUGUUCUGCGACUAGUGGUUUGACUGAAAGGAUCCUCCAGAAAGGAGGACCCUUGACUUGUCAUGCCCUGGUGAUCAUGAACAUGAUGCAUGUAGCUGAUGUUGGACAAUUUGUUUUUGGAGAAGUUGUGGUGCAUGUGCUGCUCAUGAUAGAUGAGGCAUCACGCUUUGCGGUUGCUCAUGAGUUGUACAGGACGGAUCCUGAGGGCUGUUUCCGGGGUACUGAGCUGGAAGAGUGGGCAGCGUCUCGCGGUGUGGAGUUGAGACCGUGUCCGGGAGAAGCUCACGAGCAAAUUGGCAUUGUGGAGCGCACCAUUGGUUCUCUCAAGACUGCAGUGCGAGCAUUCUUGCGCAAUCAUGACUGUGACCCGAUAAGCCUCAAUUUCGUGAGAGAAAAGACAGAUCCACCAGAGUUGCAAGCCGCGCUGCUAGCAGAGGCGGCGCAACGACGGGCUGAUGCGAGAGAGAAGCCUUUGAUGGAAAAGACCAUGACAGAGCUGCUGGAGGACGAAGGUGUUUUCCAUGUGGAGCGAGGUGAGCAAACAGCAAUGGUUUUCUCUGUUGAAAUUCCUCUGCCAGAAAACAAGCGCGAUGUGAAAAGGUUUGCAAAAGACAGUCAGUCCUGGGUGAAUGGCCGUAUGAAAGACAAGAAAGGGGUUGAGCUCAAGUGGAGUGAGAUCCCGAAACACAGAAUUCCAGAUUUUCAGCAAGCGAAAGCAAAGGAGCUUUCGAAUUGGCUGAAGCAGUCUGCAGUGCGUCUCGCAGGCCAACAUGCGCCACGAGAAAGGACUCUUCGGAUGAGGUGGGUCUUCAACAUCAAACAAGACGGAUCAGCGAAAGCAAGACUGGUGAUUGUGGGUUUCGAGGACCCGGAUUUAACCACACUUCGAAGGUCAUCUCCUGUGAUGACACGUCGCACCAGGGGUUUGUUUUUGACGAUGUGCUCUUUCAAAAACUGGAAUGCUGUGAAGGGAGAUGUGAGAGCUGCAUUUUUACAGGGCGAAUCUUCAGAAGUUGAUCGAGAGAUUUUUGCUCGUCUAGUGAAAGAGUUGUCAGAAGCGCUAGGUGGCGAUGACCAAUCAUACGUGCAAAUUUUAUCAAAAUUUGAAGGCUUGCUACGGAUUGGUGAACGCUCCUUCCCAGUGGCAUGUUUCAGUUUCCAAGACGAUGUUGGAAGCUGGGUUUGA